GAUCAAGAGGCUAGAGCUCAUCUUUCAAAGGCCAUUGAACAGGAAAAGUCAGCAAUACUUUCAGAUUGGCUGUCGCGAGUCCAACAGAGCCUCUUCCGUUUGCCAUUACCUGUCACUCUCGUCGGCCCGAGUCAACUGACAGAUGCUUUGUCAGCCGGACUGGCCGUACUUCAAACACUAGGCGCCGCAAACUCAGACGGUGUAUCUGCUUCUUCUAUUUCUGCCGGUUCUUCUGCUGCCAUUGCUCUGACAACUGAGCGUGAUGGUGUCGAGACUGGAGGACAAUUUGAGAGUCGGUCAAGGCAGGAAAAACGAACGCGACUCUUAAAGCACUCUUCCCUUGUAGAACAUGCAGCUAAAAUGCCGACGCUCAGAGAUGUCGCAGAAGCAGCUAUGCUUGAAUGCCUAGUUGAUAUGCUAGUAGAUGCCCUAAAAGGAGGAAAUUCUUGGUCGACAAUGAUUACUAGCUUAUCAAGCGCGGAGUUAGAUGUGGCGUUUGACCAACUCGCAGGGACUGGCUUGGCAGAGGGCGAAGGAGUGGGAGGUGGAAUUGUGCCGUCAGACAAGAACACUGCUCCUGGCUCCACAGAGGUAUCAUUUUCGUCGGUUGAAUCUGCAAAUGCUGCUAAAGGUGCCGAGUAUAAGGGGACCAGAAAAAAUUCGGCUUCGAUAGGAAAAAAUGUUACUAGAUCACCUGGUGAGCGCUUCGCGAUCCUGAUUGCUCAGCUGAUGCAGCUUUAUCAGGCAAGCUUUUUUUUAAUGAUCAAAGAACCCUCCACACUU